AUGGUGAUCGAGGACAAGAAAUACUCGUUCGACCGUGACCUGGUCGGGUACGGCCAACAGGGGCGAAAUGCCGAGUGGCCCGGCGGAGCGCGCAUCGCGGUCAGCAUCUGUGUCAACUACGAAGAAGGCGCCGAGUCGACCGUGUUGAACGGAGAUGUUCAAUCAGAGACCCUGAACUGGGAAAAAGCCGGUGGUCCCGCCUUCGUCAACGCCCGCCAACCCAACGUCGAGUCCGAGUACGCGUACGGCGCGCGCGCGGGCAUCUGGCGCCUACUGCGCAUCUUCGCCGAGCACUCGCACCCCUUCACGCUGCUUGCCGUGGGCCAGGCGCUGGAGAUGAACCCGAGUGUGGCCAAGGCGUGCGUCGCCGCGGGCCACGAGAUCGCCGGCCACGGGUACCGCUGGAUCGACUGUCGCAACAUGUCGCCCGAGGAAGAAAAGGACAAGGUCAAGCGCGCGAUCAGGGCGAUCCAAGACACCGCCGGCGUGGACCCCGCGGGCUGGUACGUCGGGCGGAUCAGCCCGAACAGCGUCGGCGUGGUGUGGGAGGCGUUUGCCGAGAUGGGCCUGCAGCUGAAGUGGCAGAGCGACUUUUACGCCGACGACGUGCCCGUCUGGACGGAUCUCCCCCCUGAAUUGGCGAGGGUGCAGGAAGAACUCCACCACCUCCAAGGAAAAGGCGACAAGCCCAAAGAGGGCCUCCUCCACGUCCCCUACUCGUACGACUGCAACGACAUGAAAUUCCACUUCGCGGCCGACGGGUUCGGCGGCGCCUCCUUCUACCAGUACCUCGUCGACGCGUUCGACAUGCUCUACGAAGAGGGCGGCAAGAUGAUGUCGAUCGGCAUCCACGCGCGCAUCGUCGGCAAGCCCGCCCGCGCCAGGCAGUUCCAGCGGUUUUUGAGCUAUAUCGCCUCCAAGCCGGACGUGUGGGUGUGUACGCGGGCAGAGAUCGCGGAGCACUGGAGACGGCGGUUUCCCUAUCAACCCGCGUCUGUGAAGGACUGA